AAGCUCCAAGCUUUCUUUUGCCUACCUGCUUUUAUAGCUAUCCAAGCUGAUUACCCAACCUCUCCACUGCCGACAAUUAGGACAGCAUUCGUUCUCGAUUCGUAGUGCAGCGGAAGAGAGAGAGAGAGAGAGAGAGAGAGAGAGAGAGAGAGAGAGAUGAGAGAGGACGUGGUGGUGAUAGUGGGAGCUGGGCAGUCCGGCCUGGCGACGGCGGCGUGCCUGAUGGCGCUGUCGGUGCCAUGCCUCAUCCUCGAGCGCGACGACUGCAUCGCCUCACUCUGGCGCAAGCGAUGCUACGACCGCGUCACCCUCCACCUGAAGAAGCAGUACUCGGAGCUGCCGCACGCGCCCCACCGGCCGGAGACGCCGACGUACAUGCCGAAGCGGGACUUCAUCCGGUACCUGGACGAUUACGCGGCGGGGUUCCGCCUCCGGAUCGAUCUGCGGCGAGAGGUGGUGUCGGCGGAGUACGACGAGGCGGAGGGGAGGUGGCGGGUCAAGGCGAGGCGCGGCGAGGACGGGGGCGUGCAGGAGUACGCGGCCAGGUACCUGGUGGUAGCGAGCGGGGAGAACGAUGAGAUAGUGGUGCCGGAGAUCCCGGGGCUGGCGGAGUACGGCGGCACGGUGGUGCACUCCAGCGUGUACCGGUCCGGAUCGGAGUACGAAGGGAAGGCGGUGCUGGUGGUUGGGUGUGGGAAUUCGGGCAUGGAAGUGGCGCUCGAUCUGGCCGAGCACGGGGCCCGCACUUCCAUCGUGGUACGAAGCCGGCUUCACAUUGUGUCGAAGGAGAUAUGGUCAGUGGCUAUGCUUUUCAUGAGAUUCUUGCCAUGUCGUCUGCUGGAUUCUCUCAUUCUGCUACUAUGUCGCUUAAAGUUUGGCGAUCUGUCCAAGCAUGGCUUACACAAACCAAGGAAGGGACCAAUGUAUCUGAAGAAGUACAGCCGAAUCUACCCUAUUGUUGAUGUUGGCACAGUGGAGAAGAUCAAGUCUGGAGAAAUCCAGGUGUUACCUUCAAUACAAAGUAUCAAAGAUAACUAUGUGACGUUUUCUGAUGGAAAGUUUCAGCAUUUUGAUGCCAUAGUUCUUGCUACAGGCUACAGAAGCGCAGUGAAGAAAUGGCUCAAGGGUGAUGACUACCUCCUUGGUGAAGAUGGAAUGGCCAAACAAAUGUUCCCAGGCCACUGGAAAGGCAAGAACAGACUCUACUGUGCUGGGCUUGCAAGAAGAGGGAUUUAUGGAUCUGCAGAAGAUGCACAGAGUAUCGCCAAUGACAUUGCUUGUGACUAUCAAUGUCAAAAGAUAAGCAGCUGAGGCUCGAAUUGGUUGCAGAAUUACUUAGUGGUGUUUCACUGCAUGUAUAAGCAAAACCUUCUGUUGUCAGAGAAGCCAGCGAGUGGAUCAUGGGAAUUAGGUUCUUUUAUGUGCUUCUUAAUCCAACUUGAAUGGUUUCAUGA